UUUAAUACGGGAGAGCAUUCUGUCGUACGAGUGCAGUACUUAGGCGACGGGAUAACGGACGAUGCAGACAUCCAAGAAGUUUCAAGCAUUGGAGACUCACAGGCCACUGCAACCCAGUCUAAUGGGGUACUUCUGUUUGAAGGUUGUUUGACUGACGCUGAAAAAAGGUCGGCGGCCACGUUUUACCGUUCCACUGUGAAGUGGUCAGUUCGGUGGGCUCACCACCUGGGUAUGCCGCCGAGUGGAUGGGUAGUGCGCAUUAACACGUUUGAGUGUAUGUGCCCCUACCUCACAAAAUUUUUAUCGUGCGCCCACGUGAUCUGCGGCCGGGUCGCGUUCGGUUUAAGUGUUCCGGGCGUCGGCGGUUUGCACCUUAAGUUCAAGAACCGACGGAUUCGCCGUACUGGCCAUCGUGACACCAAAGUCAAGGCUCCUGUGCUGGUUCAUAGUGCGCCCUUGACUUCGGUUGAACCGGCAGCUCCCAACACAUAA